AUGGCUGACGGACUGCUGACCGGUGGCGGCCCGGAGUCAGAAACCGCGGCGCCGGAGCGCACUGGCUGGGCGGCCGAGGAGGAGCCGGCGGCCCUGGGGAAAGGUUUGUUCGAAGAUGAAGAUUCAUGCAGUGAUUGUAGCUAUCAUGAUAAGCCAGGUACUAGUUUACAAAGUUUUGUGCUAGAGGGAAAAACUCCUUUCCCAGAAAUUUUCCAAACAAGUCAACUUUUGUUCUAUGAGCGAUUCAGAGCCUAUCAAGAUUACAUUUUAGGUGAGCAUUAUGACAUUCUUGAAGACCGAGUUCCUUCAGGACUUAUUGUUGACUACCGCAAUCUGUUGUCUCAAUGUGAGGAGAGUUACAGAAAAUUUUUAAAUCUUAGAAGCAGUUUAUCAAAUUGUAACUCUGAUUCCGAGCAGGAAAAUAUCUCCAUGGUGGAAGGGUUAAAAUUGUAUUCGGAGAUGGAACAGUUGAAACAAAAGCUAAAACUCAUUGAGAAUCCUUUGCUGAGGUAUGUGUUUGGUUAUCAGAAGAAUUCUAAUAUCCAAGCAAAGGGCAUCCGUCCAAGUGGUCAGAAGGUCACCCAUGUGGUCUCUUCUACCAUGACGACUGGCCUACUGCGUUCGCUGCUCAGCGACAGGCUUUGCCAGGAGCCUUGUGAGGAAGAAACAGAAAUUCAGUUCCAUAGGGAUCCAUUGUCUGCUAUAAAUGCCUGCUAUGAAGGUGAUAGUGUUAUUGUUUGUCCUGGCCAUUACGUGGUACAUGGCACGUUCUCCAUUGCUGACUCAAUUGAGUUGGAAGAAAGUAAAGCAUUUAAAAUUCAGACAAGUGGAGAGGCAGAUGCCACUGAAAGAGUGGAUCUGGAAGAGCUGAUUCAGUGUGCAACUGGUAAAAUGGAGCUUUGUGCAAGCUCUGAUCUUUCUGAGCACGUUGAGGGGAAUUGUGAAAUUAUAAAUGAACUAGUUGCUGCCUCCACACAAAAAGGCCAGAUGAAGAAGAAAAGGUUGAGUGAACUUGGGAUCACGCAAGCUGAUGACAACUUAAUGUCACAGGAAAUGUUUGUUGGAAUUGUGGGGAACCAGUUUAAGUGGAAUGGGAAAGGAAGUUUUGGCACAUUUCUUUUCUGA